GCAAAGAGAGGAGGGAGGACCGGGCGGGUAGGAGGCGAGAGGCCGGGAAGGAGAGAAGUGAGGCAGCUCGCAAAGACGGACGGGACGGGACAGGACCCGGCGCCCCACGGGCCAUGCGCCUCCUGGCCACGGCGCUGGCCGCCCUGCUGGCCUCGGCCCCGGCCCCAGAUGUUUGUGGGGCUUUAAAUGUGACAGUCUCUCCAGGACCAACAGUGCGAUACUCUGAGGGAGAUAAUGCUACCCUCUACUGCCACAUUUCUCAAAAGAGAAAGACAGACAAUUUGCUGGCUGUGCGGUGGGUCUUUGCUGCGUCACCUACUCAGGAGUAUCUGAUGAUCAAAAUGACAAAGUUUGGGUCUGUCCAGUAUUAUGGUAAUUAUACUCAUCAUUUCCACAAACAAAGACUUCAUCUUCUUAAAGAGAAACAUGGAAAUAUGUACAAAUUUCUUAUUCUAAGUCUCCAGCAAACAGAUCAAGGACAUUACAUAUGCAAAGUCCAGGAAAUUGGCAAACACAGGAAUAAAUGGACAGCAUGGUCAAAUGGCACAGCAGCUACUGAAAUAAGAGUGAUUUCACCAAAACCUGAUGAUGAUCCCACUUUCAAGAAAAAUCAUGAAGCUUGGAAGUUUUUUGAAGAUCUGUACGUGUAUGCAGUGUUUGUGUGUUCAAUAGGAAUUAUCAGCGUCCUCCUUUUUACACUUGUCAUUCUCUGUCAGUCACUUCUGAACAGGAGAAGAUCCACAGUGAAACAUUACCUGGUGAAAUGCCCCCAGAACAGCUCUGGGGAGACAGUUACCAGUGUGACAAGCAUGUCCCCUCUACAGCCCAAGAAGGUAAAGAAAAAGAAAGAGAAUCUGGAGCAGCCACCAGCCAUCCCAGCAAAAGGUCACUUGUGAAGUCAAGCAAGCUGAGCAGGUAGUGAUCAACCUCUUGGGUUGAUCUCAGGGACUUCACUUUCAAAGAAGAUUUGUGAUUGCCUCUGGGGUCAGUCUCACAAACACUCGGGUGUACUUUCUGAGCUCUACCGCCAGUGCCAAGAUACUGGGAGAGAGGAGGAAAUGGACCUGAAGGUUUACUGUGGGUUAGAUCACAAGUGACCAGCUCUCAAGGGGUAUAGUUUCUUUGGACUCUGCACACAAACAGCAUGUUUCGCAUAUCAUAUUUGUUAAUCCUAUGGGGUUCUUUUUUCUAAUUUGUAAACUCUAUGCUUCAUUUUAAAAUAUUACCUGAAAUACAGUUAAAAUCUGGUAUAAAUACAUGUAUUUGCUCCUAAUCUGCUAUUAAUCUGUAUUUUAUAAACUGCUAAUGUAUAUACUAAAACUGUCAGUGAAUGAUGAUGAUAUAAAAUGU